CACCACUGCCUUAGACUUCAUAUUAAACCAAGCUCACUUCUCUUCUCUUUAUAUCAUCUUCCUCAAAAUCUCUCUUUCUUUAUUCGUUCCCACAUGCAACAUAUGCAAACAAUGAAGCAUCAAGUGACUUUGUAUGAAUACAUUAAGUCUUUCUUUGAUCUCAAGAUGGCAACAAGCUUCCUGGUUUCAGUUUCAGUCUUUUCCAUCAUAGUUUCCCGCUUUUCAUUACAACCUUUCCUUCUUAACAUCUUCAAGUUAUCCUAUUUUUCUGCAUAUAAAACUAUUGACAAGAACUACGUGUUCCUUCUCUGCAAUGGAAUUUUGGUUUUCAUUUUCAAAAACUCUCUUGGGUUCAAAAAUAACUCACCCCAGGAACCUGUUGCCAUGGUUAGCACCAAAAUAGUCUGUAAGGAGAGAUAUAACGGAAGAAUCUAUUCUAUCGUUGAGAAGAAAGUUGCGCAAGAACCAGAAUUAGUCUGUGAGGAGAGAUAUAGCAGAAGAAUCUCUUCUAUCGUUGAGAAGAAAGUUGCACAAGAACCAGAAUUGGCAUUGGUUCCGGUAGUUGCAGAAGAGAAACAAGUACAAGUACAAGAGAAUGAAUUCGAAGAUGAAGAUGAAGAAGAAGAUGGGUUGCUGAGCAGAGAAGAAUUGAACAAGAAAUGCGAUGAUUUCAUAAGAAGGAUGAAAGAAGAAAUCAGAUUUGAAGCUGAACUUAUUUAAUCUUCUGUAAUCUGUAAUUAGCCAUAAAAUGUUUGAUUCUGUUGUUAAUGAAACUAAUGAAGAAAUUGAUGGAGCAGAGCAGGCCAUAGCCAUUAGUGCAUGUGAAGUUAGGUUUCAAGUACCAGUUCACCAAGUCAAUGGCAAAUAAUUCAUAUUCUAGUUCA